GACAAGGUUCCUGGCGGUGAGGACAAGGUUCCUGGCGGUGAGGACAAGGUUCCUGGCGGUGAGGACAAGGUUCCUGGCGGUGAGGACAAGGUUCCUAGCGGUGAGGACAAGGUUCCUGGCGGUGAGGACAAGGUUCCUGGCGGUGAGGACAAGGUUCCUGGCGGUGAGGACAAGGUUCCUGGCGGUGAGGACAAUGUUCCUGGCUUUGAGGACAAGGUUACUAGCGGUGAGGACAAGGUUCCUGGCGGUGAGCACAAGGUUCCUGGCGGUAAGGACAUUGUUCCUGGCGGUGAGGACAAGGUUCCUGGCCGUGAGGACAAGGUGCUUCGCGGUGAGGACAAGGUUACUAGCGGUGAGGACAAAGUUCCUGGCGGUGAGGGCAAGGUUACUGGCGGUGAGGACAAGGUUCCUGGCG